UCAGCGCUUCCUCUCACACGACAAAAUGGAACAAACAUGUGAGGUGAAGCUGCUCUUGCUGAUCUCAUUGCUCUGCUGCAGCUUGAACCAAGCUAAAGUGAAGCUGAGUCCCAGCAGAUCUCAGUUCUUCAAAGGGACGUUCGUCUCUUUUAGCUGUGAGGACGACCACAGCUCAGCUGGAACGAUGCUGAGUAGGAACACGAGCAGAGACACCAGGAAGGAGUGUGAAGAGUGGGGGCAACCAGCUGCUUCUUCCUGUGUCAUCGACUUUGUCGUCUCAUCGGACAGUGGAGUUUACUGGUGUGAGUCCACAGAGGGAGGAGCAAGUAACUACGUCAACAUCACCGUGACUGAUGAUCCAGUGAUCCUGCAGAGUCCCGUCCUCCCGGUGGAUGAGGGAGAGGACGUCACUCUGAUCUGUAAAACUAAGACGCCGCCCUUCAACCUCUCGGCUGAUUUCUAUAAAGAUGGCACUUUUGUUAGGACGACGCCCACAGGUCACAUGACCAUCCAACUUGUCUCCAAGUCUGAUGAAGGAGCCUACAAGUGUUACAUCAGAGGCCGGGGAGAGUCUCCACCCGCCUGGAUCAGCAUCACAGGUCAGGAGGUCAAAGUCGUCCUCUUCGAACCCUCCCUCACCUUGUUAGUCAUCAUCUGCAUCGUGGUCAGCUCGCCAUACGUCGUCUCCACGCUGCUCCUGGUGGCCAUUUGCCGACAGAGGCACAAAGAAAAGGCCUCGCCUGUUUCCCUGACAGCGCCCCCACCUGGCGAGGACGAGGAAGGAUUGGAGUCCGAGGAUGUUGUCGCAUAAGUGACCACCGAGCAUCGCUUCUGAGCUUAACGUUCUCAUGUUGUUUGGUUGUUUGGUUUUUCUGCUUCAUUUUUUAAAUAAAAAAGGUUUGUGUUGUUUUGUUUGUGAAUUUGUUUUUUAUCAAUAAAAAUAAAA